CAGGGAGAGGCGUGGCUACCAGCCUUGGCCGCCGCGACGCUGGGCAGUCCGGGCGACGAGGCGCCUCGGGAAGGAUCGGGUCGGCUGUCGCUGGUCGAGGCGGACGCGCGCUACGGCAUGUGGGGGGAACGGCCUGCCCACUCGCCUCCGCAAAGGGACGUGCAGAGCGGAGGGUCCUACGAGAGCGUGCAGCUUCCGGGGAGCAUCAUGGACGACACGCAGCCUCUCGCCUCCGCCGACGUCCUCCAGUCCAAGUACGACAAGUACAACGACCCCUUCAAGGUGCAGAAGGCUACGGACGACAAACAGGUACGAAAGACGGUCGAGACGCUGUUCUUCCGCGACAACAAGAGGAAGAUCGACUUCGUGUUGGUGUACAAGGACGAGGACGACGACGAGAAGGUCGAGCGGAGGCGGGUCUUCGAGCACAACCUCCGCGAGGAAGGACUCGAGCUCGAGACGGAGGAUAAGAAGCAAUCGCAAGAUGGCCAGACGUACUUCGUCAAGAUCCACGCGCCCUGGGACCUUCUGGUGCGUUACGCCGAGAUCAUGAAACUCAAGAAGCCGAUUAAGAAAGACGACACGGAGAAGAAGAAGAAGAACGACAUAUUCUCGUGGAUGGGCAUCAAAAACCCCUUCAUGUACAAUGAGAAACUUAUUCCUCCUGAACCAACGUACUUCUCGACCGGCUUCUCUCGCUCGCAUGUCGAACAGUUUAUCAUCAAGGACCGCGAGACCUUCUUCACGCCGUCGCAAAGGAGCCAGAUUGUGUGGGAAAUCCUUCUGCGUGUUCGCUAUAACAAUUCCGAUCAAGGACUUGGCAUUUCCCGCCUCCUCUCCAACGACACCUACGUGGCCGCUUAUCCCCUUCACGACGGCAGGUACGACAAGGACGGUCCCGACGGCUCCAUCUGCGACCGCCGGCUGCUGUACCUGGAGUGGGCGCAGUUCAAGAAGUGGUACAAGGUCCAGCCGCUGCAUGUCAUCCGGCGUUACUUCGGCGACAAGAUGGCGAUGUACUUCGCUUGGCUCGGCUUCUACACGCAGAUGCUCAUCCCGGCUUCGCUCUUCGGGAUUUUUACCUUCACUUGCGGCGUCUUCAUUAUGUUCUCGGAUUUUAACCAGCCGAGUGAGGAGAUCUGCAGCAACACGUCAGAAACGAGUUCCAUCGUCAUGUGCCCGCUGUGUGACCGCCUCUGCGACUUCUGGAAGCUGGGCGACAGCUGUGCGAACGCCUACAUUACUUUCCUCUUCGACAACCCCGCCACGGUCUUCUUCUCCAUCGCUAUGUCCUUCUGGGCGACCAUGUUCCUGGAGCUGUGGAAGCGGAAGCAGUCGGUGAUCCAGUGGCAGUGGGACCUCGAGAACUACGAGGAGGAGGAGGAGCUGCGGCCCGAGUACGAGGAGAAGGUCACCACGACGAGGAUCAACCCGGUGACCAACAAACCCGAGCCUUACAUGCCCCUCAUGGACAAAAUCUCUCGCUACGUCGCCUCGUAUUCGGUCAUCCUUGUGAUGUUGUUCGUGAUGCUGGCGUCGGUGUUCAGCGUGAUCGUGUACCGGAUAGCGGUGGGCCUCGCGAUAUACCAGACGGAUUCCGACUUCAUCCGCCGUAACGCCAAGCUGGCCACCUCCGUCACCGCCGCCUUCAUCAACCUCGUGCUUAUCAUAAUGUUCAAUUUCGUCUACGAGAAACUAGUUGCGUGGCUCACCAGCUUGGAGGUUCCGCGGACGGAGACGGAGUACGAGGAUUCUUUCACUCUCAAGAUGUUCAUUUUCCAGUUCAUCAAUUACUACGCCUCGCUCAUUUACAUUGCGUUCUUCAAGGGUCGCUUCUUGUACCACCCCGGAGACAUAGAAGUGAGAAGGAACUUAUUCGCAAAGGCUCGUUACGACAUGUGCGACUCUGCCGGGUGCUUCUUUGACUUGUGCGUCCAGCUCAUUAUCAUCAUGCUGGGAAAGCAAUUCUUCAACAACAUCAUCGAAAUAUUUUGGCCGAUCCUGCGCGUGUGGUGGAACAAGCGAACUGGCCACGAUAACCAGCUCAGCGAAGCCUACACGCGCUGGGAGCAGGACUACGACCUCGCCCCCUACACCAGGCUCUCCCUCUUUAACGAAUACCUCGAGAUGGUGAUCCAGUACGGGUUCGUGACGAUGUUCGUGGCCGCCUUCCCCCUGGCUCCUUUCUUCGCCCUCAUCAAUAACUUCAUCGAAAUCCGCCUGGACGCCUUCAAGUACCUAACGCAGUGCCGUCGACCGCGCGCCGAGAGGAUCCAGGACAUCGGCAUCUGGUACUCGAUCCUCAAAGGCAUCACAUACUUCUCUGUCGUCACGAACGCUUUGGUCAUCUCGUACACGAGUGAUUUCAUCCCCCGACUCGUGUACAUGUACCAGUAUUCGGACAGCAACAACCUGGUGGGAUAUGUCAAAAGCAGUCUUUCAGCGUUCAACACGUCGCAGUACACGAACGAAAUGGGCCCCGAGAACCGGACGGGCUGGCCAGAACUGUGCCUACUACAAGGCAUACCGCUAGAUUUAAUUAAAAUGCGUCAGUUAAUAUUUCCUGUAUUCGCUAUACCAGACUACAUUUUCUUCACCAUAUCCAAGAUAAGAGCUAAGUUCUUCACACCGUCUUAA